GCGGCGCCGCUGAGGCGUUUGCGCAGGCGCAGUGAGGGGGGGGCGGAAGGGGAAGGGAGGAGGAGGAGGAGGAGGAAGGUGGCGGAGCCGGGAUGGAGCUGGGCGGGCUGCUGCUGGAUGAGGAGGGCGCCUUCUCGCUCAGCGGCUUCCAGGAGUUCACGUUCCUGCCCCGGCACCAGCAGCUGAGCGAGAGGGUGCGCAAGCGGCUCUACUAUGGCUGGGAGAAGGACUGCAGCCUGGACAACCUCUCCAGCCCCGUGGCGGAUAUCGCGGUGGAGCUGCUGCAGAAAGUGGCUCCCAGCCCUAUCCGCAGGCUCCAGAAGAAAUACGUGUCCCACGUGUCUCGGGAAGCUUGCAUCUCGCCCUGCUCCAUGAUGCUGGCCCUGGUUUAUAUCGAGAGACUCCGGCACCGGAACCCCGAAUACCUCCAGCAGAUCUCGUCUUCAGACCUCUUCCUGAUCUCCAUGAUGGUUGCCAGCAAGUACCUGUACGACGAGGGGGAGGAGGAGGAGGUGUUCAACGAUGAGUGGGGAGCAGCGGGGAAGGUGGACGUCCAGACCAUGAACACGCUGGAGAUGAACUUCCUGAGCGCUAUCGACUGGAGCCUCUACACAGACCCCCGGGAGCUGUUUGAAGUGCUGAGCUGGCUGGAAGGACGCGUGGCGGAGAAGCAGGGCACGUGGCGCGGCUGGUUCACCUACACGGAUCUCUGCGUCCUCAUGGAGCAGUCGGCAUGGCAGCAAGCCUUGGGCCAAUUCUACCAGCAAGUGCUGAAGCUGGCCUGCCUGCUGGGCGUGCUGUACCUCACCGGCUUCGCCUCCCUCUUCGCCUCCGUCGCCAUCGUGCACCGUGCUGUCUGCACCAGGAGCUCCAGCCCCGCAGCCCUCCGCCCCGCGCCGUUCCCCGUGGGGGCUGGCUGCCAGCUGGGCGCUCGGCCGGCCCCAAACCCCGAACGGGAGCAGCCCCAGCUGCCCGCCGACGUCCCCCCGGGUGGCGGUGGCAGCAGCAGCCGCUGCCUGGGGGACAACGAGACGGCCGAGGAGCAGCGGCGCCGCGGCGGUGUCACGGCCACCGCUCUCUACCUGUGGGGCAGUGUGAUGACGGCUCUGUCUUACCCCAAAGCCCCCGACCUCACCCCACAGCAGAGCCCUCCGCACGCCCCUCUUCGGAAAGUGCCCAAUGCCUGCGAGAGAUCCAACCGGACCGCCCCCGCUGCUGCCCCCCGCCAGCACGACCCCUUCGGACUCAACGCGCUGCCAGCCCCUUCGGCCCUACACUGCUGCGCCUGCUCGGCCCCCGCGGGCCCUGCGUGGGCCAAAUCCCCCAACCGUGAGGACUGGCUGGACCCCCUGGGGCUGAGGCAGUGCUCCUUGCACACAGCCCUGGAUCUCGGCAGAAUCAAGAGCUUUAUUUUCCCCAGCUAGGAGCGCGGGGCGGCCCCGUUCCCCUCCCCUCCUAGCGUGGCACAACUCUCACUUUCUUGCACUUCUGGGAUCCCCGAUCCCCGGGGGCUGCGCGGGGCUCGCUCUCCCUGCGUUAAUUCCAAACCAGCAAUUUGUGUGUCCCCCCCCUCCCGUCCAGGGCAGGGGGCGUCCUUCACUUGGGGUGCUGCAGAGCUUUGGGGUUGUUGGGAUGGGAUGGAGCAGAGUUGGGGUGCUGGAGGGUAGGAGCGGGGUGCCCUGGAGCUGGGAUGUGGUUAUAGGGGCGCCGGACCUCUUCCUAUAGCAGGGGGGCGGCCCUCGGUGGUGGCACGGGGCAGAGGUUGGUGUGUGGCAUGUAGGAUGCUGGGGCUGCGUGUGUGGGGUGGAGGGGUCGGGGUGGGGACCCCGGUGAGGGCUCUGGGAGGAGGUGAGGGGAGAGGAGGCAGGAAGAAGGGGAGCUGAGCAGCCCUAUAGCUGCUUGGGGCUGCCGGGCAAAUUCUCAGGGGUCACAGCGAGAGGCAGCCCCCAAAAAGCUGAGCCCCAGGUUUAGGAUGUGCCCCGCUGGGCUCGGAGCUGUGGGGCUGGGCUUUGUCCUGUCCCAGGGGCCGCUUGGAAAGCGGGGUGUGCCGUGACCCCAUCCCAAAUCCCAGCUGGCUGCGAGCAGCAGUGCCUGACCGCUCCUCGGGGCGGGGAGACGGCGCCUGCUCACUGAGCAGCCCCUUCUUUUUACUGGGGGUUUUACACCUGUUUUUCACUCUUUUUGUAGGUGCGAAUCUCUUCCAAUAAAAGUAGUUCUUGCUGUGCA